AUGUCUGAGCUGGAAAACGAUGACGAUAUUUUGACUGACAGCCAAACAGAACUGGCCAUGUUCAUUUUAAUGUUGUUUGUCACUCCCGCCAUUUGUAUCGUGGGAAUUGUGGGAAAUGUUUGCAGUAUUUUGGUUCUCGCUAAACAAGGCUUGAAGAAGUGUUCCAACAUUCUCCUUCUAGGGCUGGCCAUCAGUGACAUCACGUAUUUAAUUGGCUAUAACAAUCCGCCAAAGAUUGUUUAUGUUGUAUUUGGAAAACAAUCCUUUCUAUAUCCCCCUUAUUCUUCAACAAUUCUUUUUGUCUUAUCCGAAAUCUUUCUAAUGAUUGAUUAUUCAUCUGGUCUUGCAUCAUUAACACUACCUAUGUUGAUAACAAUAGAACGCUUAGUUACCGUAUUUUUCCCGCUAAAGGUGUCAAGAAUUAUAACACCACAAAGAACAGUUGCAGCCGUAUCAUGUGUGUUUAUCUUUUGGUACAGUAAUUUCAUCUACCCAUUAUUCUGGUUUGAGUUAAGUAAUGAAUACAAUGCUUCACAAAACAAAACCGUUUACGUCAUUGUCCGUUCCGCUCUAUUUCAAAAAGACAAACAUGCCAUACGACCAUUCGAGGAAGCUUGGGCGUAUUUCAGCGUCAAAAUUCCAGCGACCUUCACCUUCAUCGGCUGCGUGAUUAUCGGUAUCAAAGUCAAGAUGGUAGGAAUGAAGAGAAAACUGAUGACAGGGAAGGAGAUUAAAGGGUCUAUGAAUCGCACAACAAAAACACUACUUGCUGUCUGUGGAGUCUACACCGUCACUUGUGCUGUCACAUCUCUAACUGUCUUCAUUCCAGAAUAUGUUUCAUUCUCCAUCAGCGAGGACAGGACCACAAACUUGCGCCUGGUCACAUAUCAACUGAUGAGCACUUUGGUCUGUGUCAACAGUUCCUGUAAUUUCGUCAUCUACAUCGUCUGCAACAAGAACUUUAGAGACGCAUACAAAGCCUUGUUUAUCAAGACAAUCAGGAUUGAUCUGCCUAUGAAGAAACGUUAG